AAGAAGAAGAGGUCAAAGGGCGCCCUCUAGUGUUGCUGUGCCGUCGCUUCAGCUCCUCUACUGACGUGAAUGUGUCACAUUACACCGCUGGUCUGGACAUGAGACGGAUAUACCUCCUCGGGCUCUAUAUUUAGAUGUCUAAGCUGUACAAAACAAAUCCUUUCUGUUCCCUCUGAGAGAACUGAAAUCAUCUCAUUAACCAGACUGUUUUGAGGAAGGCCAAAAUAAGGAUGGCCUCUGUUAAAAAAGACGACAGACUAACGAGGUCUCAGAGCUUUUUGUGCGUCGGUUUCGCCGGAUUUUUCAGUAAAACCGUCACGUCACCUUUGGAGGUGGUGAAAAUCAAAAGCCAGGUGGGCACUUUUCAUUGUAAAAGAGGUUUUUGGCAAAGUUUUCUUCUCAUCUACCAGAAUGAAGGACUUCGGGGAUUUUGGAAGGGAAAUCUCGUGUCUUGUCUCCGGUUGUUUCCCUACUCUGCAGUCCACCUGGCAACAUAUAAAAAGAUAGUCCACCUACACAUGGAUGAACUGGGCUUCAUCUCUCAGUGGAGGGCCAUAUUCGCUGGUGGACUAGCUGGCGUUGCUGCUGCUCUGGUCACGUAUCCUCUGGAGGUGGCAGAGACCAGACUCAUUGUUCAGAACUGCAGAGAGCCCACGUACGUCGGCGUCGUUCACACUCUCUCAAAGAUCUCCAGGAAUGAAGGGCUGCUUGCUCUCUACAGGGGCUUUUCCCUCACUGUCUUAGGUGCAUUUCCCUUUUCUGUUGGAUGCUAUGCGGUCUACAUGAACUUGGACAAGCUGUGGCAGGAGCCUCCUUCUCGCUUCUCUUCCCUCCAGAACUUCAUCAAUGGUUGUCUUGCAGCAGGAGUGGCUCAAACCCUCUCCUACCCUUUUGAAACUGUUAAACGGAAGAUGCAGGCGCAGAGUGCCCGUCUCCCUCAUUUUGGUGGAGUUGACGUUCAUUUCAAUGGAGUGACUGACUGUUUCAUACAGGUGGUCAGAAACAAGGGCGUCCUCUCACUGUGGAACGGUCUUACUGCCAACACAAUAAAGAUUGUUCCCUACUUUGGCCUUCUCUUCACCUGCUUUGAGAUGUGUAAGCAGGUUUGCCUUUACCGCAACGGGUACAUCAUCUCACCUCUGAGCUAUAAACUUGCUCCAGGGGUCGACCAGAGCCUCGGGCCAUACGAGCUGCAAGAGGUGAAGCGCUACUUGAAAAACAGGAAUUUUGGGUCAGGGGAGUCGUCCUUUGGAAACCGCUGGUGAAACUUCAUAUGAGAAGAUGUCUUGUGAAAAGUAUCGGCUGCUGACCACACUUGACCAGCAAACUGAGUCAGGAGUAUUUGUUGGACUUAAGAGACUAGUAAUAUAUAACAUUGUUUUCCCAGUGUUAUAUCUUCAUUACAGCAGUUAACACAUAUUUACUGUUUCUCCUGGCAGCAACGGUCUACCUCCUUCAGAACAUUGUUAUUUUAUCUGACAGUAUUGUUUGUAAAUGGUUUGUUCACUCAACCACAAUGUAUUUUCAUGACUGUCUUUAACUUAAUAUUAUGUGCCUUAAGAGUUACCUACUUAUUUUGGGGCUUGUUUCAGUUAUUGCGGCAAAGACAUUACAUAUUGCCAUAGUGUAUUCAUUGAAAAUGCUCUUUCAUGUCAUAAAUUAAAAUGUAAGCAUCAUGAAUGUUUGAUAUUGUUGUAUAAUAUGCAAUUUCGUGUGAUAGAUUAUAUUUUUAAUGUAUAAAAAAGGCAAAAUGUUGAUUGUGAUGGAAGAAAUGUGCUUAAAACAUUAAAAUUUUCUUU